UGGGAACACCGGUAACACCAACACAACCAUCAGCAACCUUCAGAACAUUGUCAUGGAGGGUCUCCCACAUCACUUUAGGAUCAGCAGUCGCAAGGAAGUCUUUUCAAUGUUCAAGACACGGCCAAAGCUUUUGCUUAAAAAGCCAUGGAGGGAGCAGGAGUUCAGCGAACAGGUAAAGGAUGAACUUCUAGAAGAAAUCCGAAACUACAAGAGUCUGACAGUGACAGUGGACAAGCCCAGAAUCCUCCUGGUUGGGCAGAUUGGAGUCGGUAAAAGCAGCUUCUUCAACUCGGUGAACAGCAUCUUCAGAGGUCAUGUGAUGCUGCAGGCCACAUCUGGGUAUGGAGACACCAGUGUCAGCAAACGGUAUAGAACAUAUCCGGUUCAAGACGGAAAAGGUGGAAAGAGUCUGCCAUAUGUCCUGAGUGAUACCAUGGGUCUGGAAAAUGGCGAUGGCGAGGGGAUCCAUGUGGACGACAUCAUUAGCGUCAUUAAAGGACAUGUCCCGGACUUGUAUGAGUUCAGUCCCAAGGCCCCGAUAACCCCACAUGACAGCCGCUACAGAGAGAAUCCCUGUCUGGCAGAUAAGGUGCACUGCGUCGUCUACGUACUUCAAGCAGACAACAUCCACAUCUUUAAGAAGUCUCUUCUGCAGAAGUUUGCUAAAAUCCGGUCUGAAGUGAACAGCAUAGGGAUUCCUCAGCUCGUGUUGCUCACUAAGGUCGAUGAAGCCUGCACGAAAGUUAAAAAAGACCUGACCAAAUUGUACAGGAGCCGCUACCUUUAUGAGAAGGUGAUUCAGCUUGGAAAGACUUUAGGAGCCCCUGUCUCCUCCAUCUCCCUGGUUAAGAGCUACUCCUCGGAGACGGAGCUCAGUCUUAAUGUGGACAUUUUGAUCCUGAAGGCCCUGCAACAGAUGCUGAGAGCCACUGAUGCCUGCUUAGAUGAUGUGAAGCUGAAAUGCCACGCUGAGACAAUCAGCUCUGAAUGCUUUUUUCCUUCAUUUCAAUAA